GACCACACAAGUUAUAUUUGCGAGGCAAAGACUCAUUUUUUAUCAGUUGCCCUAAAACCCUUUCCUUAAUAUAUGCUAGAACCAGAAACAAAAACCAGGCAGCUGCAAAACCCUAGUACCUCUUCUCCCUCAGCAGCAGCUGCUCUGUUACUAGCCUUCAAGCCUAGGCAGGUAGUUCUAGCAGAGUCAUCAAAAUCCAAUCUUGUUAUGGCUAAGAAGGAGCAGAAUCAAGAAAACAAGUUUGGUUUACAACAAUCUAUACUCCAUUAUCUUCACCUCAAUGGUUUCUCCAAAACCCUCAAAUACUUUCUUAAAGAAACUCAAACUGAGAGUGACAGUUGGAAGUCUUGUUCCCUUAGUUUGGAGGAUUUGUACAGCAAGUAUCUAAACAACAGCACUGAUAAUGAUACAUUAUCAAAGGGCGACAAAGAGCCAGCGCUGUGUCAAGACGGCAUGAAGGGAAAAAACAUAAGUAGCAAUGAUGCUGACUCUCAGGAAAAAGUUAGCAAGAACAAGAAGAAAAAGAGAAGUGAAUACAAUGAUAUUGCUAUUCCAGAUGCGUCUCAUCCUGAAAGUGUUGAUAAAUCCAUGAAAAAUGGUGCUACUGCUCAAGAGGUUUUAGCAGAUGAUAAGGCAGACGUUCCUUUGAAGAAGCAGAAGGAGAAGAAAAAGAAGAAAACUGAGGAGAAACCAGAAAAUGUAGACCCUAUCGACAAUGAUAAUAAUGAUCUUACUGUGGAAACAAAUAAAAAGAAGAAGUCCAAGGAAAAGAGUGGAGCUACUGAUUCUAAGGAUUCCAAGAAGAGAAAAAGAUUAGCUUCUGAUGAAAAUGCAAAUCAGGGAGUUGAUGGGGUUGAAACUGAAGAAUCAAAGCGCAGAAAGACCGAAGACUUGGAAGAAUCGAAGGCUCUUUGCACAGACAAUGGAAUUGAACAAAACGGUGAAGUUGUUGAAGCAAACUCUAAUGGUAAUAAUCAGGAUGAGUUGAACAACUCUGCUAAGCAGAAAUCAUCAAGGAAAGACUUUAAUGGAUCAGCAGAGCCAAAAACCGUAAAUGCCUUUCAAAGAGUGAAAAUUGAUCAGGUGGAGUUUAAAGAUGAUAGACUUAAAGAUAAUUCUUAUUGGGCAAAGGAUGGUGCAGACAUUGGCUAUGGUGCAAAGGCACAGGAGGUUUUGGGCCAGGUGAAAGGAAGGGAUUUCCGACAUGAGAAAACCAAGAAGAAGCGAGGCAGUUACAGAGGAGGGAUAAUUGACUUGCAAUCGCACUCCGUCAAGUUCAACUACUCAGAUGAGGAGUAGCCUGUUUCAAGCAUAUUUUCAGGGAGAGCCUCUUCAUCCUUUGACAAAGAAAAUAGAAUUAUUUUUCGCCGUUGUGGGGUUUUUGAUUAUUUAAGCAGAACGAUAAAGAUUUCAUGAAACUUGAAGUUGAUUCUAUGCAAGAAAGUCCUUUGCAUUUUCUUGUUAAUUUCUUCAAGUUGUUUUUGAGCUCAGAAAUUGUGUCAAUUCAUGAAUUGUAUUUAAUAUUAAUCAACCUAGUGUCUUAAUCUCUCAACAUGAGAGCUGAGAUUCUUAUUUUCCUUUGAACUUAAAUCUUCAUUAUUGAGUCAAUUGAUCAAAGCUGAAAGACCAAGUUAUAGUA